UUCGGAAAAUAUGAAAUCAAAUAUGAAUUGUAGAAUUUGAACCUGAUCCAAGGAUUCACAGACAAACAGGCAGACCGACUUUUAACCAAAGUUGUUGGGAAAGGUCUGAAUUGCAUUUUGACAACGAAAAUUCUGAGAUCGUUGGUCAAAAAUUGUUUUUAUCCCAAAAGUUGUCACAAAAAGCUUCAUCUUGCUGCGGUAGAUUUCUUUGAAGAUAGGUUGGCUCAAUCUUUUGGGAAGGAGUCUAUAAUCACAAAAUCAAGUUCCCCAUCCAGUUUUCUAAUCAAUUCUACUUCCUCAAACGAUUCAAAAGUUUUUUAUUGGAAACUAUAAACCGAAAUGAUGAAAUGCCACUUCACUCCAAGUGUUAUUAGCCGACCUAGCAAUAAUUGAAUUACUCCAACGUAUAGGUACGUAUAUAAAAUGUAUGUAGAUUUAAUGAAAGAUAAGGACAAACUGAGUCAUGAGGAUAAACAGUCAAUGUAAACUGAUAAAACAUAAAUAAACCAUUCACCUCGUCGAUAAAAAACAUUACGGACACAUUUAACUGUUGAAAGAUGGUUAGAGAUAGGUUAGAGGAACUCAAAAAGAAAACGGGACAAUUGGGAAGCAAUUACAGAUCAAGGGAUACCAGUAUACAGUUAGAAGAAAAUAGACUGAAAGAUGUCUUCCAAUUGGCAGAACAGAUUGGAGAAGGAAUUGUUCGGAUCAAUGGAAACAUUGAAGUGUGUAGACGUUACAUGAGGCAAAUAUCAGAAUCUCCAUACCAAGAAAAAGACUUGAGCGACAAACUUGCAGAAAUAUUUCAAGAAACCGGCAAACUAACACAUCGUCUCAAUUAUAUGUUGAAAAACUUGGAGGAUCAAGUGAAAACCAGAAAUCAAACAUGCACAGUGGGUAGAAUUGAAAUGGUCCAAUACAACACAUUAAAAAUAAGAUUUAAAGAAUGCCUGAACAAAAAUAACGAACAAAUGGAAAUUUUCAGAAACCGUAGAAUCAACAAUUACAAAGCACAGUUGAGGGUGAAAGGAAUCCAAGUUUCUGAGGAAGAAUUCUCAGAAAUAUUGAGCGGAAGUCAACAAAUCUUCAAUGAAAAUAUUCUUCUAGAAACCGCUGAGGCCAAACGCCUCCUGUCAGAAGCUGAAGAACUCAAUGAGCAACUGUUGAAAAUCGAACAUUUAAUAACAGAAGUGAAGGAUCUCUUCGUACAAAUGUCCAUUUUGGUAGAGGAACAGCAAGAACUGAUUGAUGUAGUGGAAUACCAGACUCAAAAAGCUGUAGAAUAUGUAUACCAAACACCCAACAUUUUAAGAGAGGCUGAAAAAAAGAAACGUAAAGCUCUCAAGAUGAGAGUAAUGUGCUUCAGUAUUAUAUUCAUAGUGAUUUUUUUGAUCAUUCUAUCCUUCAUAUAUACGUAAUAAAUCUAAUAUGAAAA